AUGGCAGAAAGAGCUAACAGGAGUUCUAACAAGAGUGCAAUCCACAAUGUUUCUUCUGCAACUGUUCGCAGAAGAGUGGGGGAUCUCAGCACUUCACUUCAAAGAAUGAGCAUCGAAGAGCGCAAAGAAAGAACAGGCAACUUCACUUACAUCAGUGAAAGACCAAUUGGCAAUGGAAGCUUUGGUGUCGUUUAUCAAGCAAUGGUCGCAGAAACAGGUGAAACAGUUGCUAUAAAGAAAGUUUUUCAAGACCGCAGAUAUAAGAACAGAGAGCUUCAAAUUAUGAAAGAGCUGCAUCAUCCAAACGUGAUUGGUAUGCGCCAUGCCUUUUAUGUAACAGGAGAUAAGCCUGACGACCUUUACUUAAAUGUGGUUAUGGACUAUAUCCCUGAAACUGCAUAUAGUGUGAUUAAACAUUAUAGAAGGAUGAAGCAAUCAGUCCCUAUCCUUUUGUUGAAGCUUUAUAGCUAUUCCUAAAUAGCUAAAUAUUAUCUAUUUUUUUAUAUAAAAAUAAAGAGUUAUCUACUAAGCCUCAAGGAAUAUCAAAUGAUGAGAGCUUUAGCUUAUAUUCAUCAAUUAGGAAUUUGUCAUAGAGACAUUAAGCCUCAAAAUAUCCUUAUCGACACAAAUACACACAUUUUAAAAAUCUGUGAUUUUGGGUCAGCAAAAAAACUUAUCAAAGGAGAGCCAAAUGUAAGCUAUAUAUGUUCAAGGUAUUAUAGAGCACCUGAGCUUAUUUUUGGAUCAACUGAUUAUACAGGGGUUAUUGAUGUGUGGAGCACUGGCUGCGUAAUUGCAGAGAUGCUGUUAGGGCAGCCAAUAUUCCCUGGUGAAAGUGGCGUCGAUCAACUUGUAGAAAUCAUUAAAAUUUUAGGAACUCCAACAAGAGAGCAAAUACUAGACAUGAACCCAAAUUACACUGAGUUUAGAUUCCCCCAAAUCAGGCAGCAUCCUUGGAAUAGAGUUUUUAAGGCAAGAACGCCUCAAGAUGCCAUUGAUUUUAUUUCAAGCUUGCUAGUUUAUUCUCCUCAGCUUCGUCCUACCCCAAUGCAAGCUUUAUUACACCCUUUCUUUGAUGAAUUAAGAGACCAAAAUACGACACUUCCUAAUGGAGAAAGAAUGCCUGAUUUAUUUAAUUUUACUCAAGAGGAAAUAGCAUCUACAACGCCAGAUGUGAUACAGAGACUGAUUCCUUCAUGGUACGCAAAUAGUUAA